AUGUUUGCCAAUAAAGAGGCCGUCAAAGCCAGACGACAAGAAGAGGAGCAGAAAAGGAGAACGGAAGAGGGAGUACAGCUUCGGAAGAAGCAGGGACAGGACUCAACGACUGGCGAGCAGGUGUGGUUUUCUCGACGCGUCGAAGACGGAUGCCAGCUGCACUGGGCCAUCAUCACGCACGGCAACAAAUACACACUCCGGCUACCCGACGGCAUUCCGUCACGGGAAAAAGUACCGGGCAGCACUUUUGAACCCCCGCGCGAGUACGAGGCCAAGGUGGUACCAUGGUCACUGAGAGAAGAGAGAAACCGGCUGCGAACGCUGGAGCUCACCAAGCCGCGGAACAAGGGGCACACACGAGACUAUACCGUCUGCCAGAUUGGCUGGACGACUCUCACCAAGGAUGAAGUCAACGCCGAAUGGGAAGCCGCACGCAAAGCAAUCGCAGUGGAAGCGCUUGGGUUCGACGACUGCCGAAACCUCCUCAAGAACUUUGCUUGCAUCAUCAAAAAGCCUGACGGGUGUGCCUUGGACUACGACUGGUUCGCCGAGAGCCUCGAGAUACCGUCCCACAGGCUGCACGAGAUCACCCCCGAGAAGGCUAUCAUAUCCUUCCAGCACACGUUGCAGAAUAGCGGGUGGCUACUAGCUGGCGCUGGCGCCGGAGCUGGGAUUGUCGGAUACCAGUGUUGA